CAAAACAUAAAAGAUUCCUUUUUUUUUGUUUUUGGCCUUGGUGUUACAUUACAGGUCACUGUGUUUGACCAACUCUCAGUGUCUGUUUGGAGUUUGGGCUUCUUCUUCUUCUACCCCUUUCCGGCCACCCCUUGGUCCUCUUGUUUGGCGCCAGGAUGGUGCGUUGGAGCGCUAGGUCGCGACGGGCAGCCCGUCAGGAUAAAGUUGAGCUCUUGGCCAGCAACAAUAAAGUGAAUGGCGAGGACGAUACGUCAGAUAAUGCCGCCUUUCGCAACUCAACCGAUUUGUCUGACCAUGAUGAGAUUUUCCUCAAGGGCCUAUUACGGAGUAAUCCCGCCACACCCCACAAGGAACUGAUGUUGAAUCCAACAGAACCACAGCCGGUGCCACUGUUCCUGCCCGCUCAUCUGAAUAAUAAACCGAUCUGUGACGAUAUUAUAAGAAAGUUUUCACCCUCGAGGCGUUUAGAGUCGCGGGAAUUAGCCAAGCUUCUCGCCCAACCACAUUUUCGAGCCCUUUUGCGCGCCCAUGAUGAGAUAGGUGCCCUCUACGAACAACGACUGAAAGCUGCCGGCGGAUCCACCUCCAAACUCGAGAUCGCCAGCCAACGCCAAUCGGGCGGCUAUCUGUACACGGACGACAUUCUCAACACCAAGAUGCCAGUGGAGACCAUCAAGAUGGUCGGCCUGCGCCGAGAUCCCAGCAAACCCCUCGGCUUAACCGUGGAGCUGGACGAAUACAAGCAACUGGUGGUGGCCAGAAUUUUGGCCGGCGGUGUCAUCGACAAGCAGAGCAUGCUCCAUGUGGGCGAUGUUAUCCUGGAGGUAAAUGGCACUCCAGUACGAACACCCGAUGAGCUGCAAGUGGAAGUGUCCAGGGCCAAGGAGAAUCUAACCCUGAAGAUUGGACCCAAUGUGGAUGAGGAGAUCAAGAAUGGUCGAUAUACCGUGAGUGGGGGUCAGGUAAAACAGAAUGGCAUCACGGGUCUCGAGACGGGAAAGAAACUAACGUGUUAUAUGCGUGCCCUGUUCACAUACAAUCCCUCGGAGGAUUCUCUACUGCCAUGCAGGGAUAUUGGUUUACCCUUUAAAUCGGGCGACAUUUUGCAAAUUAUCAAUGUCAAAGAUCCCAACUGGUGGCAGGCCAAGAACAUAACCGCCGAAUCGGAUAAAAUUGGUCUAAUACCUUCCCAGGAACUUGAGGAGAGGCGCAAAGCUUUUGUGGCACCGGAAGCCGAUUAUGUCCACAAAAUUGGAAUCUGUGGAACCAGGAUCUCAAAGAGAAAACGCAAGACCAUGUACCGAUCGGUGGCCAAUUGCGAGUUCGACAAGGCGGAGCUAUUGCUCUACGAGGAGGUCACCAGAAUGCCACCUUUCCGCAGGAAAACUCUGGUUCUCAUUGGUGUUUCCGGUGUGGGAAGGAGGACCCUUAAAACGCGCUUAAUUAACAGCGAUGUGGACAAGUUUGGAGCCGUUAUUCCACAUACCAGUCGCCCCAAACGCGCCUUGGAGGAGAACGGUGUAAGCUAUUGGUUUAUGGACCGUGAAGAAAUGGAGGAGGCCGUCAAACAGAACGAAUUCCUGGAGUAUGGAGAACACAAUGGCAACCUCUAUGGCACACAUUUGCAGUCCAUCAAGGAUGUGAUUAAUAGCGGACGAAUGUGCAUCCUCGACUGCGCUCCCAAUGCCCUGAAGAUCCUGCACAACAGCCAGGAAUUGAUGCCAUUUGUUAUUUUUAUAGCAGCUCCCGGCAUGGAUCAGCUCAAGACCAUCUACGCCGAUCGCAGAGCCACUGGCUCCAAUAGAAACCUCUCCUUUGAUCGCCAGAGUUCCAUAAGAUUCAGCUCAAGACGCGCCCGUACGCUCGAGUCCCUAGCAUCGCUCUAUGAGGAUGACGACCUGAUUGCCACCGUCGAGGAGAGCAGCUUCGUCCAGCGGAAGUACGAGAAAUACUUCGACAUGGUCAUCGUGAAUGAGGACUUUGAUGAGACCUUCCGGCAGGUGGUGGAGACCCUCGAGCAGAUGAGCCACGAGGAGCAGUGGGUGCCCGUUAACUGGAUCUACUAAAAACGAAACAAUUUUCCACAAAAAUCUAACCUUAAACCAUUGCAAUUUUACCUUGUUGCGUAUCGAAAAUCAAAAAAAUAUUCAAAAUGUAUUUCUAACAUCACUCUAAAAAUUACAUUUCACAAGUAAUCGAAGUGAAAAAUCCAAAUGAAAAUCAAGAAAUGUUAAAUCUAUUACUUUCAUUAUUCAUUUUGAAUAUCUUAUUUGUAUAUAUGCAAUUUUUUGUAUAUUUUAAAUACGCCCUCCGUUUAUGAUCCAAUUUUCCUAAGUCUAAGCCUAAUUUUAUGAAACGAAUUCGUCCAUUUUACAAACUCUUAUGGUUUUAUUUAUAAAAAAAAAAAGAAUUAUUUUGAAUGAACUAUGUAUUUUUUAACGAAUCUCCUCAGUACAAUCCUUUCUGCCAAUAUUUUCAUCUAGAUUUUAGAUUUGUUUGAAUAAAAUGUAUAAGUUUAACGAACUAGUUAAAUAUUGAUGUGGAGUAAAACAAAUAAAAAAACGAAUAAAUUUGGCUCAAAGAAA